AUGGCUUCUAUUUCCGAGAAGCAACCACAACUGUCCAUGGACGAGUCUGAAUUCAGCGACUACCAUGAAGAGCAGCGCCAAAAGCUGCUGGGCGAUGAUGACGACGUCGAGAAGCAGGCAAUAGUCGAGGAACAGACACAAGCAAAGAGCGCACAGGAAGGCGCUGAGUACUCUGUGUCGACUCGGGUCAAGAUGAUCUGUCUCGGAUUAUACUUCGCCAUGAACUUGGGCCUCACGCUAUACAACAAGGCCGUCCUCGACAAGUUUGCCUUCCCAUGGCUCAUGACCACAUUGCACGCUACAUGCGCCGCGGUCGGAUGCUACGCGCUCCUGCUCGCAGGCCACAUCAAGCUCUCAUACCUCACACGACAAGACAACUAUGUCCUGGUGGCAUUCUCUGUCCUCUUCACCAUCAACAUUGCCAUCUCCAACGUCUCGCUGGAGAUGGUCUCCGUUCCUUUCCACCAGAUCGCCCGCUCGACUUGCCCUGUCGCAACCAUUCUGAUCUACCGCUGGUUUUAUGGCCGCUCCUACGCAAAGGCUACAUACAUGGCUCUGAUCCCCAUCGUCCUCGGUGUUGGACUUAGCACAUACGGCGACUACUACUUUUCUCUCAUGGGCGCAUCCCUCACCUUCCUCGGUGUCUUCCUUGCUGCAAUCAAGACCGUCGCAACCAACCGUCUCCUGACCGGCAGCCUCAAGCUCCCCGCCCUCGAACUCCUCCUUCGCAUGUCCCCCCUCGCCGCCGUUCAGUCGCUCGUCUACGCAUAUUGCACCGGAGAAGUCGCCAACUUCACCAAGUUCACCGCUGAGGGUGGUCUUACCUCUUCAGUCGUUCUCGCUCUGCUCGGAAACGGCAUCCUCGCCUUCAUGCUCAACGUUACCUCCUUCCAAACAAACAAGCUUGCUGGUGCCCUAACAUUGAGCGUUUGCGGCAACCUCAAGCAAUGCCUUACAAUUCUUCUCGGCAUCGUUCUCUUCAAUGUCCGCGUUGGACCCGAAAAUGGAGCCGGCAUGCUGGUCACUCUUCUCGGUGCUGCAUGGUACAGCAAAGUCGAGUUGAGCGUCAAGAAGCCUGCUCCGAGAUCAUGA